AUGAUAACGCAGCACGAUAAGGCGAAGGUCCAUCCAUCGAUAGCUCAGGCUGGACCUCAACUUAGCAAUAAUCCUGGCUCCAGCCGGGAGUCUCACUUCUUUACCACUGUCGCUUCUUUCUCAUCCAGCCCUGUCAUGGCUGCUCGCGUGUGUCUCCCACGGAGCUCCCUCCGAUUCCGCCGCAGCUUCUCAAGCACCCCCGCGUCCCGCGCUGACUUCACACAUGCGAUUAUCGGUGCCGGAGUCGUAGGCCUUGCGAUCGCGCGCCAAUUGGCUUCAAGAGAAGGCACGUCCACCAUUCUGCUAGAACGACAUGAUGCUCCAGGAACAGAGACGAGCAGUCGGAACUCGGAGGUCAUUCACGCCGGUCUAUACUACCCGAAAGACUCCCUAAAGACAAAACUAUGCAUCAAGGGACGGGAAAUGAUGUACGAUCUCUGCUCGAAACAGGGAAUCCCUCACCACAACACCAAGAAAUGGAUCGUGGCACAGGAUGACGAGGAAUGGGAGUCUUGUCUUGGGAUUCACGAACGCGCAAAGUCGCUCAACGUGCCAACGCGGCUGGUUAAUCCCGAGGAGGCCCAGAGACGAGAACCAGAGGUCAGAGCCAGGAGAGGUAUUCUCGAAAGCGAAUCCACAGGAAUCGUGGACAGUCAUUCCCUCAUGACGUACCUGUUAGGCGAAUUCGAGAAUCAAGGCGGAGAUUCCGCUUUCCUGACCUCUGUCACUCGAAUCGAGCCCCUGGGUAUCAAUGGGACGGGUGGUUACAGGAUCUUUGCCAAAUCAGCAGAUGGCACGGAAUCAGAUAUCACUGCAGAGACCCUGAUUAACAGUGCCGGAAACUCGGCAUGCAUCAUCAACAAUAUGGUCCUCCCACCAGCACGGCAUCGUACCCCGUACUUCGCCAAGGGCACUUACUUCUCCUACUCCGCCUCAUAUCCGAAGCCCUCUGUCCUCGUCUAUCCGGUAACCAAACCGGGACACGGUGGCCUGGGCACACAUCUUACCCUGGAUCUGAGCGGACGCGUCCGCUUUGGCCCGGAUGUUGAAUGGGUCAACGACCCGAAUGACCUCAAGCCCAAGGGCACGCGUCUGGAGCAGGCCAUCCCCGAGAUAAGAGCUUACCUUCCCAACAUCGAUCCGAGUGCGAUUGACCUCGAUUACUGCGGGAUCCGGCCGAAGUUGGGUCCGGCUGGUUCCGGAUUCCAGGACUUUGUCAUUCAGAAGGAGGAAGGCUUCCCGGGACUUGUUAAUUUACUGGGCAUUGAGAGUCCUGGUUUAACGAGCUCGUUGGCUAUAGGGGAGAUGGUGAAAGAUCUGCUUUACAGAUGACUGGAUUGCCAUAUCAGUGUCGUUCCCAAAUAGAUUGCAUAGGUAUAUAAAAGAGCAUGCAACUUUUGUACAUAUGUACGGCAUCUCACUUGGGAUAGACAUAGUAAGGACCGAGCACUGGAAAGAGUGUGAAAUGCUUUCUCCGAGUCCUGUGACAGUGGCAGUAGAGUGUAUCAGCACUGGUGCUUCAACUAUCUAUACCAUUAAUGAUCCUUGUCCUUGUGAACAUCUAGAUACACCUAGAUCAUUAUUUGCCUAUGAGGUCCAGGCAGCAGAUCUA